ACUUAUCCACAGGUUCUGACAAUUAACCAAGUAUCACUCUCAAGAUGAUCCAUCCUGUCGUUAUCCUCUCUGUUUUUGCUGCCAUUUCUGCAAUCCCUGUCCCAAAGGAUUAUUAUCCAAAAUCAGGAUGUGGUCAGUUCGGAUGUUCACAGGGAACCCACGUUAUUCAACAACAAGGGAUUAUUGGGGGCAUCGGGAACGAUGGUUUUAAUGCUGGCUUUACAGGGUUUGAUAGAAGGAACGGCGCCUCUGCAGCUUCUUCUGCCGCAGCAAGUGGUUUUGAUGCGUCUGCUUCCGCUUCCGCUGUUUCUGGUAACAGAGGGUUUGUUGGACACCCAGGAGUAAUAGGCUUGAACAAUGGACUUGGAUUUAAUGGAGUAAACCCUGGUGCUGCUACUGCUGCAGCAGUGACCUCUGACGCUGAAAGAAACGCUUUCCUUGGAAAUGCUGGACUUCAAGCUACUGCACCUUACAAUGGACCUUUUGGUCAUCAGGUUCCAAGCAUCAAUUACCCAUCUGGUCCUCUGGUGCAACCAAUCCCAAGUGUACAUUAUCCUACCCAGCAGAUUCUUGGUCAGUCCUCUGGAGCUUCUGCUUCAGCUAACUCUAUUGGUGCUGCAGCCUCUUCAGCUGCUUCAGGACUAGCAACUGGUGCCACACUUGGAUCUGGAAUUGGAAUGGGAGCUGUCUUGGGAUCCCAGUUAACAAGAAAUGUCGGUGGUCCAGUUUUGCAGCCAUUCCCAAGUGUUCAAUUUCCUACUAAUCAUGUUCUAGGUCAGAAUGCAGCAGCUUCUGCUUCAUCUGCUGCUUUGGGUGGUUCUGCUUCAGCUGCAUCUGCGGCUAACAUCGGAUCUGGAAUUGGAAUGGAAGGAGUUUUUCAACCGGAAUUUCCCAGCAAUAUCGGGGGUCCAGUUAUUCAUCCAGUCCAAGGUGUGUACCGUCCUCAAUUUCCUGUUGUCGGUCAAACCUCUGCAUCUUCUGCGGCUGCUGCUUCAGCCUUUCCAAACAGUGCGUCGGCUGCUUCAUCUGCUGCUGUAGGAUCUGGAGGAUUCAGCAAUAAUGGAAUUAUCCGGGGAGCAUCUGGUAUCAACAACUUAGUUCCUGGUAGAAAGAUGAUCCACCCUGUCGUUAUCCUCUCUGUUUUUGCUGGCAUUUCUGCAAUCCCUGUCCCAAAGGAUUAUUAUCCAAAAUCAGGAUGUGGACAGUUCGGAUGUUCCCAGGCAACCCACGUUAUUCAACAACAAGGAAUUAUUGGGGGCAUCGGGAACGAUGGUUUUAAUGCCGGCUUUACAGGGUUUGAUAGAAGGAACGCCGCUUCUGCAGCUUCUUCUGCCGCAGCAAGUGGUUUUGAUGCGUCUGCUUCCGCUUCCGCUGUUUCCGGUAACAGAGGGUUUGUUGGACACCCUGGAGUAAUAGGCUUGAACAAUGGACUUGGAUUUAAUGGAGUAAACUCUGGUGCUGCUACUGCUGCAGCAGUGACCUCUGAGGCUGAAAGAAACGCUUUCCUUGGAAAUGCUGGACUUCAAGCCACUGCACCUUACAAUGGACCUAUUGGUCAUCAUGUUCCAAGCAUCAAUUACCCAUCUGGUCCUCUGGUACAACCAAUCCCAAGCGUACAUUAUCCUACCCACCAGAUUCUUGGUCAGUCCUCUGGAGCUUCUGCUUCAGCUAACUCUGUUGGUGCUGCAGCCUCUUCAGCUGCUUCAGGACUAGCAACUGGUGCCACACUUGGAUCUGGAAUUGGAAUGGGAGCUGUCUUGGGAUCCCAAUUAACAAGAAAUGUCGGUGGUCCAGUUUUGCAACCAUUCCCAAGUGUUCAAUUUCCUACCAAUCAUGUUCUAGGUCAGAAUGCUGCAGCUUCUGCUUCAUCUGCUGCUUUGGGUGGUUCUGCUUCAGCUGCAUCUGCGGCUAACAUCGGAUCUGGAAUUGGAAUGGAAGGAGUUUUUCAACCGGAAUUUCCCAGCAAUAUCGGGGGUCCAGUUAUUCAUCCAGUCCAAGGUGUGUACCGUCCUCAAUUUCCUGUUGUCGGUCAAACCGCUGCAUCUUCUGCGGCUGCUGCUUCAGCCUUUCCAAACAGUGCGUCGGCUGCUUCAUCUGCUGCUGUAGGAUCUCGAGGAUUCAGCAAUAAUGGAAUUAUCCGGGGAGCAUCUGGAAUCAACAACAUAGUUCCUGGUAGAAAGACCUACUAAAUCUACGAAUACUCGAUAAUCGAUGUUGACUGUGAUAUUCAUAAGUUAGCAACCAUGGUGUCUGAAUUCCUUUUGUCUUAUUUAUUUAUUGAAUAAAUAAUUGUUCAAUGGUUA